GCCGGCACACACUGGGCUUCAAGUGUCCGACAGCAGAAUCCGCUGAAGCUCUGUGGAAGUGGGCAGUCGAUCGUCAGUGUUUCUUUACCCUCAGUCGUUCGGUUGACGCAAAAGAAUCCAAAGCAAACGGUGGUAUCUUUAAAAGAAGACAAUUUUACACAUUCACGUGAUGUGAGGCGUCUUCAGGUUUUCGACCACGGAUGCCUCAGAAGCGUGGCUGGUUGUGGAUGGCGUCAGUGUGUCAGUAACGAGGCGAUUAGAAAACGGGUAUUUGGCUGUUUUGCAGGCCCUCAAUCCGGGAAAACAUCCAGCAUCAUCGACUACGAUGGCUCGGUCAUGUGCUACGCAUGCCAAAACACCGUCUACCGAGACGAGUGUUGUUCUCCGUGCCUCAUUCAGGAUGGCGCAAACCGCGAGGAUGGGGUCCUCGUGACCCUGUCUGUGCUUGGCUGGAGACGUUGCAAGAAAUGGCGGCUAAUCGAUGACAGUGACGUUCGUGCUAACAGCUUUUUUCCAGAUUGUCUGAUUGAACGUUCAGAAGUGGGGCGUUGCCAGAAGGAGUUGAUGCUCCUCAACUCUAGUUUGCCAACGAUUCCACAACCGUCAGUGAGCAGGAGUCGUAGUCUACUGAAUUUGGCAAAGAGCGUGCGGCAAACUCGGCAAUCCAAGAGUCAAAACGAUUUAGAUCGAAAGUUAGCUGUCAGCCACGACAAUUUGCACGACGGAGACAUGAAUUCCAGCACAGCCUUACAACGCCAUCAGAGU